AUGGACUGCCUCGCGCCAACCGAGGGUGCCGACGAGGGGGCCUCCGAUCGCUCCCAGGCUCCGGAGGCUCCGCAUCGGCCUUCCAGGGAGGCCGGCGGGAUCGAGGCGCCUGGGGCGGAACAGUCGACCAAGGCGGAGUCAGCGGAGCAGGCCGCCGGGGAUCCCGUGGCCAGCGCAGAGCCGCCGCCGACGGCUGCGAAGGCGCAAGCAAGCGCGGGGAACACCGAAGGGCGGGAGGCGGAUGGCGAGGAGUUGGGGAUAAAGGACGAGCUGGUGAGGGUCGAGGCCGAGCUGCGGCUGGCCAGGAGCCAGGCGGAAGAAUCAACGGCGGCGGCGCGAGAUGCCGAAGAGCGCCUAGCGGUGGUGGAUCGAGAGAAAUCGGGGCUUGAGGGGCGGGUCGCAACCCUGGAGGCGUACGUGAAGGAGGCGAAUUUGCGGGAGGAGCGCGCCAAGGAGAGCGGCGAGGCGCUGGCGGUCCGCGUGGGCAAGCUCACCGACCAGCUAGCCGCGGCGAGGGAGUCUACAGCCGCCGCGAGAUCGGCGCAUGACUCGGAGCUGGCCGCAUCCCAGGAGAGGCUCAGGGGUCUGGAGGUGAGGCUGGGUGCGGCGGGGGCCAGCGAGGCGGGGUGGCGGGAGCGGGUGAGGCGCCUGGAGGCGUCCCAGAGGGAGAUGGCGGCCAAGGAGGCGGUGGCGGAGAGGGAGUGGCACGAGAGGGCUGGGGCGUACGUCCGGGAUAUCGAGCAGGUGCGGGCGGCCAACAAGGGGCUGGAAGAAGAGGUUGGGCGGUGGAAGAGGCGGUGCGGGGAGCUGGAUGACGCGCUGCAGAAGGCGGUGAUGGAGGCCGAGGGGGAGGAUGAGGGGGAUGUGGGGGCAAGGAGGGGGCCGGCGAGUCAAGGGAUGUUGAUUGAGGCGCCCACAGUAGCGCACGAGGUGCCAGAGGGGCUGCUGGUGGGGAGGGAGGGGCCCCGGGAGGCGAAAUCGGCGGAGGAGUUGGGGCGAAGGGGGGCGUAUGAGGCAUAUGUGGAGGCGGUGGCGGCUUGGAACCGGGAGCACAGGCUGAGGGGGGACACACUGGAGUGCCUGAUGGAGAUGGUGGACAGGCUGAACGGCAGCGGGGAGAAGAUUACGGUGAUGGAGGACCGUCUGCACGUGGCCGUGGCCACCAUAUCCAGGCAACAGAACGCCCUGGUGGGCAUGGCCCACGAGAAGGAGGGCCUGCUGGAGAGCAUCGAGGGCCUGACGUCCGACCUGGCCGCUGAGCAGAACAAGACUGAGAUCCAUGCGCAGGCCGUGGAGGACUUGUCGGUGCAGGUGAGAACAAUGCUGGAGGAGAUGCAACAGAUGAAGGUGGGCAAGCUGCAGGGGUUUGGUGCUGCGGGCCUGGCGAGCUCCCCAGCACUGAACCUGUCAAAAGUUUCGGACAGACGCCAAGAUCCGAUUUCUGCCCACCUGGUUGCUGUUCGUGAUAUCGAAGACAUGCAAAGACAGAAUCAGCAGCUCAGGGAUGCUCUGCGGGCAGUAGCUUUGGAGGCAGAACACAAUCAUGCCCGUAGUGUGGCCAGCUACAAGGAAAAGUGCGACGAGCGCGUCAAGGCGAGUGAGUCUGAAAUAGAGCUGUUGAGGAAGGAGCUUGAGGUGAAAUCGGACAUGGUGGAACACUUGACCCACCAAAGAGAUGCGUAUCAGAAGCUGGUGGUUGAUGGGGCGCAGCAUGCCUCAGCACACAGUGCAGAUUCUGGGCAGCCCAUGGAUGAGCAAAGAAAACAAAUCGAAGGUCUGAAGCAAGUUGUGUCUCAACUAGAGAGUGAGCUUGUUAAAGCGAAGGAUGUGCAUGCUGUGCUGUCGGUGACAAAGGAGCAGCUGAGCCAGGCAGAUAAUCAGUUGACGACGGCACAGGGGGACCUAGCCAAGCUGCAGGCACAAUGCGACGUUCAGGCAAGCCGUAUCAGCUGGCUGGUGGCGGAAGCCCAGCGGGGCCAGAAGGAGAGGGAUCUUGACAAGGAGGAGGCUGUGCGUCAGAGGCGGUUGGCGAGCCAGUGGCUGGAGCAGGUGGAGACGCUGAAAAAUUUGGCUGAAGAGGCAGAUGAACGUGAGCACCGAUUGGCAGAGAAGGUGGACAGUCUGGAAGACGUGGUGAGGACCAUGUCCGAGAAUGCGGAGGGCGCUGAGGAGGCAUUCACCGCCAAAGUUAAUGCCAAGGACGCAGAACUGAGGAGCCUGGAAGAGAAUCAUGCCAAGGUUGUUGAGGCAAAGGACAGCGAACUGGCAGAGGUCAGAGGCUUGUUGGAGGAGUCAGAAAGGAGGAUAGAGAGGAUGCAAAUCGAUGUGGAAGGGUUCGAGGAACAGACUCAGCACGUACUUGAGCUGCAGGGAGAGAUUGUGGUGCUGAAGUCGGAACUUGAAUCCAUGAAGGCUUCUGCUGCUACGGCGCAGGAAAUGCAGGGGACUGCCGCUGAGGUGGAGACUCUCCGUUCAGCUCUGUCAGAGAGCAAGAAGAGCGAAGAGCAAGCUAAGGAACAGUGCACAUCCCUUCUGGAAGAAAUGGCAAAGCUGAAGGCCGAUACUGAGGUGGAAACUCUGCGGGAGGCGUUGUCAGAGAGCAGGAGGUGUGCAGAGGAGGCGGAGAACAGGUGCUCGACCCUUCUGGAAGAAUUGAAAACGGCUGGGGAGGCUGCUGAGAAGCUGGCGGCUGAGGAGGCCAAAGCACUGAGGGAAGCAGAGGAACGCUGUGCGAGUGUGACCCAGCGCUAUGAGGCGCUCAUGCAGACCCUCAGGCAGGAAGAUGAACCCCCAUCAGGUGGAUCCCUUCCACCAUCGGCAGCCGAUGAGGGCGCCGACGGUGCUUCCAUUCCAUUGGAUAAGCAAAAGGAGCAAGCAGUGCGCCGCAUGGUUGCCUUGGAGGCCGAGCUCAACGAAAAGACUGCCAAGUUGGAGCAUGCUGAGAAAGAGCUGAACGAAAAGACUUGCAGAUUGAAGCAGGCAGAAAAAGAGCUGGUGGAAAAAACUGACGGGCUGCAGCUGGCAGAAAAGAAGGUGGAGGAAAAAACCACUGGGCUGGAGCAGGCAAACAAGGACCUGAACGAAAAGUCACGCAUAUUGGAGCAGGCGGAAAAAGAGCUGGAGGACAAGACUGGGAGUUUUGUGCAGGCAAAACAGCAAGUGAGCGAAGUGACUGGGAGGUUGGAGGUGGCGAACAAAGAACUGCAGGAAAAUGCCAGCAGGAUGGAGGUGAUGCAGACAGAGCUGAAUGAGAAGACCAACAAACUGACACUUGCUGAAGCGCAGGCCAGCGAAACAGCUGGUAGACUGCAACUGGCAGAAAAAGAGAUUGCAGCCCUGAAAGGCCGCCUUCAGGUGCAAACGGAGAAAGACGAGCAGACAGCUCGAAUCAAGGAGAAACACCAACAGGCCAUGGAAGACUUGAAGCUUCUGCCAGGUUUGAGCGCCCAAGUCGCAGGACUUCAGCGCAGACAGGAGCUCACGAAGAAGAGCUCGCUGGCAAUGCAAGCCCAAAAGGAUGAGAUUGAGAGGAAGAAAGUCAUGCUGGAAGGGACAGUGAGAAACCUCCAGGAGGACCUUGCUGCCAAAGACAAUGACCUUAUUGCCAUUAAAGCCCAGCUUCAGGAGAAGGAGGCGAAGUUGAAGAGCCUGGAGUCUCUGCACACCGAGCUGGACAUGUUGAGGCGGCGAGUCAGCACUUUGGCGGGCGUCAAGCCCCAGGACGCGCCCACACCAUCGACCUCCAAGGUCUCUGCAAAUGAGUCACGGUCCUCACGUCUACAGGCAGCAAGACGUGCCCGGAGGGCUUCUGACGGCCAGAAGCUGGGUGUGGAGAACGGCGCUGGCAAGGCCAAGUCUCCAAGCGCCUUGCAUGGCUCCUUUCAGACCUCCGCUGGGCAGGAGGACCUCGCCAAGAAGAUGAGGGAGAUUGCAGCAUUGAAGGCUGCAAUGAAGGCAAAGGAAGAAGACAUGAAGCAGCUGAGGGGCUCUGUGAGGGAUGUUGCAAGCCUCGCAGGAGUGAAGAAGAACAGCGAUAGAGAGCCUCCAACACGUGGCCCCAGCGGAGCGCUGAAGCGCUCUCUGAGUGGCGAGGAGACUACCCUGGGGAAAAGGCUUUCAAACAGUUCACUAAUGCGCCAGGCAGCAGACCGGUCCAGGAAGGUUGCGCUUGGCAGGGUGCGGCUGCCUGGAACCGCCAAGGUUCAGAGAACUGGAUUGCCACUGGUUCAGUCUGACGCAGCAGAGGCCACGCAGGACUGGCCCAAGCAGGGCGAGCUGCCACAGAAACUUGGGCUGAACCUGGGAGACAAGCAACCUGGCAGUGCUGCGGUAAGCGAGGCAAGAAGUGUGUCACGUGAGCCAGGUGAGCUCUGGGACGAGCGUGAAUCCAGCGAUGAAGUUAAACUGGUGGAUGUCAGGCACACCAGCCAAAGGGACGGCAGGCCAGGGAGCUCUGUGACUGGCAAGGAGCCUGUUGGCUCUGUCAUGGGUACACCGGCGGCAAAGGGCAGGUCUGCGGCUUUGCCACCGGACACCGGGGAAUUGGAGGGGAUGGAUAAGCUCGGGGAAGACGAUCAGGAUGGAGAUGCGCAGAGGGGGGGGAGGCACGACAAGAUCGUGUGGCAGCCAGGUCAGUCGAAGAAGGGGGCAGGACAGGAGAGCCCGUCGCCAGCAAGGGCAAGGAACCCAGGGGGCAAGAACUGA